AUGGACCGUGUUGCACAAAGUUACGGCCACUUUUCUGAUGAUCAAUUAAUUGAGGAUUUCGAUGGUGAAGUGUUUGUUGACUCGGGUUAUGCUAGCCCAGGAGAAGAUAGUUUUGAAGAUGAGUGCGCGACACAAAAGUGCUGCUGCACAUGUGACCCAUCUACUCAGCUCGUUCAAGAUGAUGACAUGACGUCGGAUGUAAUCACUACCGAAGUAAAACCUGAAGUUACUGAAGCACCAGUAGUUGAAGAAGGAGAAAAAGAGGAAAUGCCCGAAGUAGUUGAAGUUACUGAAGAGUCUAAGGUCGAAGUUGAGGAAGUGGAUGCACCCGAUACCGUAGAGGAGAUCGAGGUUCCACAAGCCGUGGAGGAAGACCAGAUUUCUGAAGUAGUAGAAGGUGAAGAGGCAUGUGAGGUCGCAGAAGAUGCACCAACACCUACACCUACUCCAACCGGAGAAGAGGUAGGGAGGGAAGAAACUGUAGAAACGGAGGGCCAGGAAGUAGUAACAGGACAGGAUGUUGUAGAUGCUGAUGAUAUUGAUCCACUUAAUACGAGCCAAGAGUCGAAAUCUGAAGAACUUAAUGACACUCUAUCAGGUGAAGAAGACCAGGUCGAUGUAUCUGGUAGUUUGUUACCAAAGAGCAAGGCCACUACCACCAGCGUUGCCAAGACUAAGAAACUACAAUGGGAGGCAAAGGCUUCUGUACCAGCUUAUGUUAUUAAGACCGCUAAUAAAUUCAAAGUAGAGGAUAUAGAAAAGAUACCUAUAACUGUAAAGGGUCAGGCUGCGAAACUUGCCGCUAGCAAGGUUGAAGAGAUGUCCAGCAAGGCACGUACCGCGACACAGAAACUCAAGGAAGGAGCAUUGCAAAACAAGAUAUCUGCACAAAUGCACAGAUCUGAAGUUGUAGCUGCUGAAAAAGCACGUGUACUCGCUGCUAAGAAGGCCCGUGAAGCACAGGCGGAACGUAUAAGAUUGGAGGCUGCUGAACGUAGGAAGACCGAGCUCCUUGAAAAACAACGUAUGCAAGAGGAAUUUGAAGCUAAGAAGGCUGCUAUGGCUAAGGCUAGGCAGGAUGCAUUGCGCAAGAGUCGUGCUGUCAUAUUGACGAGAGCUGUCUCCUUUGCCGUGAACGUUGCGAUAUCACAGAACGAGUCAAGGGAGAAGUUUUCUACGGAUGAUAUUUUGCCUAAACAUGAUUCGGCGCCUCGUAGUUCACAAUUCCAAGAGGAACGAUUGGAAGAGAUAGCUUCACUCUUCCAGAUGGCUGAGUUUGACUAUAGUAAGAUUAGCGAAUUCGGCAAGUUUAACCGUACUAUAGGAGCUGGUGUGCACAUCCUAAUACCGGUUAUCGACAGGAUCUCGUAUGUACACUCGCUUAAGGAAGAUGCUAUUGUGCUGCCUAAUCAGACGGCCAUCACCAAGGAUAAUGUGAUUCUACAGAUAGACGGAGUGCUCUACAUAAAGUGUGUUGACCCUUACCAUGCGUCCUAUGGCAUUGAGGAUCCUAUUUUUGCCAUGACCCAAAUGGCACAGACUACUAUGAGGUCGGAGCUCGGUAAACUCUCACUGGAUACUACAUUUCUGGAACGUGACAAUCUCAACCAGAAAAUUGUAGAAGCUAUAAACACAGCUGCAAGCAAUUGGGGUAUGGUGUGUAUGCGUUAUGAGAUACGUGAUAUAACUCUACCCAAAACCAUAGUUGCGGCAAUGGAACGUCAGGCCUUCAAAUAUCGCAAAUAUAUAAGCAAGAUGACGACGGUGGCGGAUUUAAAUAAACCAUAUUCACCUUGCGACCUAAAGAAGGUACGCGGGAUAGAGUUCGGUAUCUUUGACCCAGAGAUGUUGAAGAGACUAUCGCAUGCCACUGUGGCUGGUUCGAAAACAAAGGGCUGUGGUUACCCACAGCCACGAUAUAGCAAAGAAGGCACUACCUUGAUGAUACAGUUCUCGGAAAAACAUCGCCAGAUGCUAGAGGAGGUAGAAGAGGAAUGUGAAGAAAUAAAGCGUACAUUCAGCGCUGAAGAAGCUUAUAAAGUACUAAAAGGGAUAUCUCAUGAUGAUAUGCGGUAUCUGGGAUUCAACCCUGAACGAUCGCAACCAGCAUGGAUGAUACUGAAGGUACUACCUGUCCCGCCACCACCAGUACGGCCGUAUGUCGCGUAUGGUAGCGACAGAAGUGAAGACGAUUUGACAUUGAAGCUUCUUGAUAUAGUGAAGUCCAACAAUAUGUUGAAAAAGCAUGAUGAGCGUGCAACGGCACCACAUAUCAUUGAAGAAAUAUCACAAUUACUACAAUAUCAUAUCACUACUCUAUUCGAUAAUGAUAUUCCGGGAAUGCCUGUGGCAUCUACGCGCUCUAAAAAACCAAUCAAGUCUAUACGUGCGCGUCUGAAAGGUAAAGAUGGUAGAUUGCGAGGGAACCUAAUGGAUAUUAUUGGUGUUCCCAAAUCUAUCGCAAUGACAUUGACCUUUAGCGAAACUGUUACGCCGCUGAAUUUCGAAAGUCUACGAAAGAAAGUAGAAAUGGGACCACAUGAAUGGCCCGGUGCAAAAUUUAUUGUACGAGACGAUGGUACAAGGUUCGAUUUACGUCAUGUAAAACGUGCUAGUGAUCUUCAGUUAGAGUACGGUUAUCGCGUUGAGCGUCAUCUACAAGAUGGUGACUACAUUCUUUUUAACAGGCAACCUUCACUACAUAAAAUGAGUAUUAUGGGCCACAGGUAUUUCGAUGGAGAUGAAAUGAACCUCCAUUUAGCACAGACACAUGAAACACGUGCUGAAGUAAAACAUCUCAUGUUAGUACCCAAGCAAAUUGUAUCACCACAGGGUAAUCGUCCUGUUAUGGGUAUCGUGCAAGAUUCCUUAUUAGGUAUCAGCAAGUUUACAAGAAGGGACUGUUUCUUGACGAAAGAUAUGCUAAUGAACCUGUUGAUGUGGAUUCCUUAUUGGGAUGGCAAGCUUCCACAGCCCUGUAUUUUCCAUCCAGUACCUCUCUGGACGGGUAAACAGGUAGUAACAAUUAUGUUGACGUUCGAUCACAUGAAUUCGCUAACAUGUAUCAACUUGAUGCGAAAUUCUGGAAUAUCCAUCGAUAACGACAACCCUUAUUGUUCGGUGAACGAUUCUAAAGUCAUCAUCAGUAAGAAUGAGCAUUUAUCCGGCGUCAUUUGCAAGAAAACUGUUGGUACAAGUUCCGGGUCCCUAAUCCACGUGCUAUGGCAUGAGGCAGGGCCCGAACGUUGCAAGGACUUUUUGUCUACGGUACAAAAAGUUGUAAACACCUGGUUGAUCCACAAUGGAUUUACAGUAUCCUGUUCAGAUAUCAUGGCCAGUGAGUCAACUUUGGCCCAAGUGGCUGACAUUUUGGACCGAUCAAAGAGAGAGGUCCAACGCCUUGUAGGUUUGGCCCAAAAGGGUAAGCUGAAAUGCCAACCCGGUAAAUCACUAUUUGAAUCUUUCGAGGCUCGUGUUAACAAGGAGCUUAACGAAGCCAGAGAACAAAGUGGUACUAUUGCCGCCAAGAGUCUGGACGAGCGCAACAAUAUCUUGGCCAUGGAAAUGUUUUUCCAUGCUAUGGGUGGACGCGAAGGUAUCAUUGAUACGGCGUGUAAGACCUCUGAGACGGGUUAUGUGCAACGUCGUCUAAUGAAAGCCAUGGAAGACAUCAUGGUACAUUAUGACAAGACUGUGCGUAGUGGUAGUGGUGAUAUUUUACAGUUUCUUUACGGUGAAGAUGGCAUGGGUGCAGAGUACAUCGAGGACCAGACGCUAGACCUCAUGAAACUCGAUUUUGCAGACUUAAAUCGGUUAUAUGCACAUGAUUUCCGUAACGAAAAUUAUGGUGUAGGAUGGAUUUUAGAUGAAAAUAUCAGAUCUAUCAUUUUGACCGAUUUCAGCCAACAAGUGGUGUUGGUAGAAGAGUACCAACGUCUACUUGAUAUGAAAGCUAUAUUAUGUAAACAAGUUUUCCCUGAUGGUGAUUCUCGUCAGCAUCUGCCGAUCAAUAUUUCACGUUUACUUGAGUAUGCCAAGACCCAAUUCCCGACAACUGCAGAAAGCAGGAAGAUGAUGAACCCUGUGGAUAUUGCACAGCGGGUACAGCAACUUUUAGAUGGUUUGACCAUCGUGGUUACUAGUGGUCCUCAGGAUAUCCUAGCGGCAGAAGCUCAAGAGAAUGCCACAAUUUUGAUUAAAGCGCAUCUGUCAACGGCGCUAAAUUCACGUCGUUUGAUGGAACGUGAGAAGAUCGGUAAUCUUGCGUUUGAUUGGCUUUUAGGUGAAGUAAAACGUAUAUUCUAUAAAUCAAUUUGUCAUCCUGGUGAAUGUGUGGGUGCUGUGGCUGCGCAAUCUAUUGGUGAGCCUGCCACUCAAAUGACUUUGAACACGUUCCACUUUGCCGGUGUGAGUUCUAAGAACGUUACCCUUGGUCUGCCUCGUCUGAAGGAAUUGAUUAACGUGGUACGCAAUGUUAAGACUCCUUCAUUAACUAUCCACUUGGAACGCGGUGUUGCGCAUGACCAGGAACGUGCUAAGGAUAUGCAAACACGUUUAGAGUAUACCACUUUGGACAAGGUUGUUGCAUUAUCACAGGUCAUCUAUGACCCCAACGUAUCGCAUACAAUUGUACCUAAAGACUAUGCGUGGGUAAGGGAAUAUUACGAGUUCCCUGAUGACGAUAUGAGUCGUUUAGGUCCCUGGGUGCUGCGCAUCCAGCUAUCUAACAAGGUUAUGACUGAUAAACGUCUAACUAUGAAGGAGAUUGUAGACAGGAUCUACCAGGAGUUCAGUAAUGAUGAAAUUGACUGCAUCAAUACUGAUGAUAACAACGAUGAGUUGGUGCUCCGUAUCCGUGUAAAAUAUUCUAAUAUGGAGGUGGAUCAACAGAACUUGGGUGAGAAUGAAGGGGAGUUCUUACAAAGGUUCAUGUCGCAGGUUUUGGUGAAUGUGAAAUUGCGUGGUGUGCCUAAAAUUUCCAAGGUGUAUAUGCGUGAAGAAGCUAAGACCAAGUAUAACGAGACUAAUGGCAGGUUCGAACGUGUGAGUCACUGGGUACUGGAUACCGAUGGUUGUAACCUGGAGGAUGUCCUAUCUAUCCCCUGUGUUGAUGCGCAACGUUCAAUAUCUAACGACAUCAGUGAGAUUUUCCACGUUUUGGGCAUUGAAGCUGCUCGUAUGGCGCUUCUUCGUGAGCUCAGGGCGGUUAUUAGUUUCGACGGUAGUUACGUGAACUAUCGACAUCUAUCGUUAUUGUGUGACGUGAUGACACAAAAGGGCCACAUUAUGUCGAUUACUCGUCAUGGUCUUAACCGUGCUGACCGUGGACCGAUGGUGAAAUGUAGUUUUGAGGAGACUUUGGAGGCACUAGUGGAUGCUGCGAUAUAUGCUGAAUUGGAUAAUCUCAAAGGUGUGACCGAGAAUGUGAUGUUGGGUCAACUGUGUCCCAUGGGUACUGGUUGUUUCGACAUUAUGAUUGACGAGGAGAAGCUUCGUGAUGCUAACCAGAAUCUACAGAUUGUCCCUGAUUCUGCGAUGUCUGGAUUCACGAGCCCCGACUCUACAAGUCCAGAGUCAAUGUCUCCAGCAAAGAUCAAUUCAAUGUUAUCGCCACUACCGUUUAGUCCGUCAUAUGCGGCCUUAAUGAUGUCGCCAAUCCUGGCCGCAGAGUUCACUAUAGAGUCUCGAUUGGAAGCUCCAGUAUAUUUCUACUACAAGAUUACCGAUUUCUAUGCCACGCACAAAAGGGUGGCGUACGAAUCGAGCCCGUCAAGUAUCACCAGUGGUAGAUGCAAAAACAACAAGAACACCCUUAAUGGGAGGGAUCAUUGGUGUGAGAUUAAGGAUACUGAGCCGGCUUUUCAGAAGCCUGCUUACCCUUGUGGUGCGAUAUCAGCAACUAUAAUGACAGACAAUUUUGCUGUAUGUCCCGAAGAAGUAUCGGCCGCAUUGAUUAAUGUGCCCCGUUUCGAUGGUCUCACUUUGUCAAAUAGUGAACAUCGUUGCCUGCCGCUAUCGAUGGAGAUACCAAGCUACGAUUACGGGUUUUACCAUAUCAGCCCUUUGCCUGCAGGUACAUACUACCUACAUGUUACAAGUAAUCUGUGGCCUGCUAAAAAGUGGUUAGCGCACAAGUAUGUCGUCAUUGCUAAGCCUGGAUUCCUGGGAACCUCUGCGCCAGUAUUCGAGUUCAUCGUAAUGGGUACAGCAAUACUAUACCUGCUGAGCGGGAUAGUCAUGUUUGUGUUAUACAAGUCCAAGUAUAACUGUGGCGUUUACGCCCGUCGUGGUGGUGCUCGUCCGGUGGUAACGACAGUAGGCGUACGGCGCGGCGUUGGCAGUACAAGUUCCUAUACACACCAGAUUGGUGGAUUUCAAUUGUGCGUCAAAAUGUCUUUAGGAAUCCUGGGAGAACGCAUAACGGGCAAAGAGGUUCGGAUGCGUAAUGUGACGGCCGUACAAGCCAUCGCAAAUGUUUUACGCUCCAGCCUCGGCCCUAAAGGCCUCGAUAAAAUGUUGGUGGAUGAUGUUGGUGAUGUGACCAUCUCCAAUGAUGGCGCAACCAUACUCAAGCAGCUGGAGAUAGAGCAUCCUGCCGCCAAGAUGCUGGUGGACCUAAGUGAGUUGCAGGACCAGGAAGUUGGAGACGGUACUACCUCUGUAGUAUUGCUCGCAGUCGAGCUUUUACGCCGAGCCAAUGACUUGGCAAACUCUGGAAUACACCCAACCUCCAUCAUCGCUGGGUACAAGAUGGCCAUCAAGGAAUGUGUCAAAUAUAUUAAAGAGCACCUUAGCAAGCGUAUGAGCGAGUUAGGUGAUGAUGUCGCUACAAGUAUCGCGCGUACCACCCUGUCAUCUAAAAUGAUCUGUGUGAACUUGGAAUACUUUGCGCAGAUGGUAGUCAAAGCUAUACGUUCAGUGGAGACGUCUGAUGACAUUGGUAAUCGUAGGUUCCCAGUAGACGCGAUCAAUAUCUUGAAAACACAUGGAAAAAGCACACGUGACUCCUUCUUGGUAAACGGAUACUCUAUAAUGAUGGGCCGCGCGGCACAAGGGAUGCCAAUAGACAUUGCCAAAGCGAAGAUCGCCUUCCUUGAUUUCCCGCUUAGGCAUUACAGAUUACAUUUCGGAGUACAAGUUCAGAUUAAUGACCCACAGGAAUUGGAACAGAUACGUUUGAAAGAGAAAAAUGUGACUAAAGAGCGUGUACAAAAGAUACUCAAGAGUGGUGCUAAUGUAGUGUUGACGUCACAAGGGAUCGACGACAUGUCUCUUAAAUACUUCUUGGAAGCAGGAGUGAUGGCAUAUCGCCGUGUAUCGAGGAAGGAUCUGCGUCGUAUUGCUAAACUUACUGGAGGUAAACUGGUGUUGACAAUGUCAACCUUUGAAGGUGAUGAGGCUUUCCCGGAGGAAUCCCUAGGUAGCUGUGAGAAGGUAUAUGAGCAGCGUGUUGGUGAUGUGGACUUCACUUUCUUCGAGGGUUGUGCAACUUCACGUGCAGCUACGAUAAUCCUCAGGGGAGCUAACGACUACUUGGUCGAUGAAGCUGAGCGAUCCAUCCAUGAUGCACUUUGCGCUGUUAGCCGCGCACUAGAGAAGGAUUCGUUAGUACCGGGUGGUGGAUGUGUGGAGACGGCAUUAUCGCUCCAUCUAGAACGUUUCUCGCGCACUCUGGGUUCAAGGGAACAAAUGGCUAUAUCUGAAUUUGCUGAAGCGUUGCUUGUCAUUCCCAAGACCUUGGCGCUUAACGCAGCCCUAGAUGCCACUGAAUUGGUGUCUAAGUUGCGUGCGGUACAUGCCAAAGCACAGUCAGAGGGUCCUUUGAAGCCGGAAGAGGAGGAUUACAAGUGGUAUGGUAUCAGUCUUGCUGAUGGCGAGUUGCGUAACAAUUUAACUGCUGGAAUCUUGGAAGCAACCAUUAGCAAGAUUAAAUCGAUUAAAUUUGCAACUGAAGCUGCUGUGACCAUACUCCGUAUUGAUGAGUUGGUGUCAUUGGAACCGGAGAAGGAGCCGAUAGAGGACUAA